GUGUGCGUCAAGCUUUCGUUUUUCGCUUUCAAGAUUCGAUCUUUUCUUUGAACGCGCGGAGAACAAGUCAACAGUUGCAGCUCUCACCUCCCACGCCAAGGUUUGGAUCCAAUGAAGUGUUCAAACCCGCCUCACCUUCGGUUUAAAGAAAGAGAGAGAGAGAAAGAGAUUUCCCAUUUGCGCGAUCGCGACGUCUAUGUUCAAAAUCAAACCUUCCCCCAUUAUCCACGAGAUUUCCAUUGCUGGGGCUACGCGUUAGCUCCUCCCGACUCUUUCUUUUUUCUUGGUCAAAUCACUGCUCACCAGAUCGUAAUAAUAGUAGUGCAGCGUAAUGAUAAUUACGACAACUAGCCAGAGAUAGUAUCUGGGUAUCUCAUAUAUCCUGAGUGUUCCUCCUCUCCUUCCACAUCAUCGCCAUCAUCAUCUCUACAUCAUUCGCUUCUCUUCCUCACAGUCCUCUGGCUUUUUUUUUUUUUUUUAAAAACUAAUCCACCAUCCUUCUGUUUUCUUCUUCGUUCGCGGCUUAAAAUAAUUGCUCGGCUGAGCUCCUCUGUUUUGAUAGCUCAGUGCGAUUUCGAUUUUGUCUGGACUGAAAGAAAAAAGAUGGGAGGGGUUUGUUCGGGAGGUAUGGACAAUCACACGACAGAAACCUCAGGGGCGAAGAGUUCGGGAUUUUCUGGGAAGCUCAAGUCAAAAGCCAGCUUUACCAAGUCAAGAGAUGUCUCUCAUUCGAAUCAUGAGAGCAGUGAUCAUAGGAAGACGCCACCAAAGUCUUAUUCCGGCGAGCUGCUCUUGUCCUUCUCUAGAGAAUUGAAGCCAUCGAAGCCGUCGACUCCUACUAGAAAAGGACCUAGCAAGGUUACACCGAAAAAUUCAUUUAUAGGAAAAGCCGGCAUGAGGGGUUAUGAGAAGGCAGUAGAUGUUCUCGACACACUUGGAAGCAGCGUGUCAAAUCUGCAUUCCAAUAGUGGCUUCUCUGGAAUGGCUUCCCGGGGAAAUAAGAUUUCUAUAUUGGCAUUUGAAGUAGCUAAUACAAUAGUCAAAGGUGCAAACUUACUGCAAUCACUGUCAGAAGAAAAUAUCCAGUACUUGAAGAAGGAAAUUUUACACUCUGAAGGGGUGCAGCAACUAGUUUCAAGAGACAUGAAUGAGUUGCUAAGUAUUGCUGCUGCUGAUAAAAGGGAGGAACUCGAUGUCUUUUCACGGGAAGUCAUUAGGUUUGGACAUUUAUGCAAAGAUCCACAAUGGCACAAUCUUGAUCGACACUUUUCAAGACUGGACGGGGAAGACGUGGGCAAUGAAAUUCUAAGAUCUGAAGCAGAAAUGACAAUGCAAGAAUUGAGUACUCUGGCCCAGCAUACCUCUGAACUAUACCAUGAAUUGCAGGCUUUGGAUAGAUUUGAGCAAGACUAUAGGCAAAAGCUUGAGGAAGUGGAGUCUUUUAAUCUCCCUCGUAAAGGAGAAGGUAUCUCAAUGUUGCAAAGUGAGCUAAAACAUCAAAGAAAGCUUGUAAGGAGCUUGAAAAAGAAAUCUCUCUGGUCGAAAAGCUUGGAGGAGAUCAUUGAGAAGCUUGUUGAUAUUGUUACCUACAUGCAUCAAGCAAUCUGUGAAGCUUUUGGAGAUAAUGGCUCGACAUCAGUCUGGAAGGAUGCUAACAAAAGCAAUGACAAUCCCCAAAGGUUGGGCGUAGCUAGCCUUGCAUUACACUACGCCAACCUGAUAAAUCAGAUAGAUACAAUUGCGUCACGUCCAGCAUCCCUUCCUCCUAACACGAGGGACACGUUAUAUCAUGGGUUGCCUCCUCCUGUUAAGAAAGCUCUACAUAGACGAUUGCAGAAUGCUGAUACCAAAGACGAGAUGUCAGUAUCUCAGGUGAAGGCCGAGAUGGAGAAGUCUCUUCAAUGGCUUGUUCCCAUCGCAACAAAUACUAUUAAAGCUCAUCAAGGUUUUGGCUGGGUUGGAGAAUGGGCAAACAGCGGAAACGAGUUUGGCAAGACUACAUCCACAAACAACAGCCUGAUUCGCCUCCAAACCCUCUAUCACGCGGAUAAGCAAAAAGUGGACCUCUGCAUCCUUGAGCUGAUCACAUGGCUUCACCACUUGAUUGCUCUUGUCCGACACCGGGAUCACAUAUUCUUCAAGUCUCUGCCCCUCCAAUCUUCAAAUCCCAAGGGCCAGGGUUUUCAUCCCGGGAUACAGCUAUCUUCACCGCUGAACACCGGUGUCAAGACGAGGUCAAUGCUACUUUCGCUAGAAGAUAGGAUUCUCUUGAACCAGGUGUGCCGCUGGAGAAUGGUCCCAGGGAUCAGCAAGAGUCAAGAAUUUUCAUCCACUAGGAAGACGAGCAACAAAGUGUGGGCACUGAGCAGGAGCACCGGAAGCUCCCCAAUGUUGGAAUACAGAAAUUCUAGUCUUUUGGAUGUAAUGGACGGGUUAGAGUAGAAAAAAGAGUUCCUUGAUUUUUUUUUCUUCAUUCGAUUUGUGGUAGUAUCAUCUAUGAUACAUAGCUUCUUGUAUGUCUAUCAAUGUAUAUGACCAUCAAAUCAUAAAUCACCAGUAUACCUUGAAUAUCAGCAACAAUGGCGUAUCUCUACUGAUAACCGGUAAGUGGCUGGUGAACUUUCCUUCUUUUUUUUUUUUUUUGAGAAAAUUAUAAAGGGUCAAGCUUAUAUUAAACCCUUAAAGGCUGUCAUCAGUAUCUAUUGAGAAUUAAAGCUCCCUCUUAAAAAUUAUAAUGUUUUCACUGCAA